AAGAUGUACGUCGCGAGAGCUGUUGUGGUUGCAUUUUUGAUGCUACAAGGUGCUAUAAAUGUUGCGGAAAGUAAUGUGGUAAAAGAAAUAACGCACGAAGAUAUUCGAGAUGCAAUAUUAUCUCUAUUACAUCAAUUUAGAGAUAAUACGGAUAAAUUAGAAAGACACGAGUUACGAGAAAGGCAAUUAGGAGAACAACUGAAAAAAGCGUUUACCAAUGUUGAGAAAAAACAGAAUUCCGAAGAGGUGUAUGCGAAUUCCAUUAUGAACCUUCUGCAUAAUAUAAGCAAACGAUUAGAGACAUUGGAGAAUGUAGUUGCAAAAGCUGACAGCGAGCCUACUAUAGACACUCCGAGUAAAGUCGAAGAACUACUUCAGAUCAAAUUUGCCAAUUUGGAGCAAGCUAUUCAAACCAACAAAAUGAGUUUGCAGACUGCCAACAACAAUGUACAUGAAAUCCUAAACGUUGUGGUCAGCUUGAGUGCCGUACUGAAUGAUAAAACUGCUCAACAAACGAACACGAUGAACACACAGCUGGCGAGCUUGCAAUAUAAACUACAAGAUCAGAUCACUAAGCUACACGAAACUGUGAUUGAAAAAACUCAAGAUUUAUCGAAUAAAGUAGCUGAAAACUUAAGACGAUCGGUAAAUUUGGAAGGAUCAUCUCAAUCACAUUUAUCAGCCGAUAGCUUACAGAUCAUCAAGAACGAUUUGAUCAACUUCAGCGAGAGAGAAAUUAAUAAACUACAAGAAGAAAUAGGCAAAUCCCUCCAAACAUUAACCCAAGAGCAAGACAGCAUCUUAGCGACAUUGACCAACUCUGUAGGAGCUGUGGAUUCCUUGAACCUAAACGUGAAGAAAAAUUACGAACACCUUCUAAAAGAAAUGAAAGGCCUCUCAAAAAUCGAACAAGUUUUAAUCCAAACCGCUGAUAACGUAUUGGAUAUAAAACGAAGGAUAGAAUACGGAUCUCACGAAGUCCUCCUCGAAGUAACUGAACUCAUCAAAGAACAAAACAAAGAUUUUAAUUCGAGUGUAAACAAACGAUUUGACGGAAUUUCAUUCGAUAUACAAAACAGUCAAAAUGGUGCGUUGGCCAAUUUGAGUUCGAAAAUUGAAACUGAAAUCAGUCAAGUUUGGAGACAAAUCGGAACCAUGUAUCAAACACUGACCAAUUCAGCGGAUACAUUGGAUAAAUUACAACAACAUACCGAAAUCUAUGUAAAUGGUAGUCUGAAAACUUUAGAUCACAUGGAGGGUAAAGUAGGCCAAAUUACUAGCAGAAUGACCGAAGUUGACGAUAAUUUGAACUACUUAUUAGGUCGUUUGUCUUUGGUUACUCAAGAAUUCAGUCAAAUUAGAACAGGUUUAGGGGAAGCUUUGGAUAAAAUAAAGGGUACUUUUACAACUGUACAAAGUAAGGUUAAAGAUGUUGGACCAGGACCCAAUCCGAUCGAAGAAGAUGCACCAACCUACAAUAGUAAUUUACUCAAGUCACAAUACACUGUAAGUUAAGGGACAUCUCAUUUAACGAAUACCUAUUACCUACUACCUAUACUAGGUAUAGGCCUUACAAAAAUGAAAGAAAUUUUUUCUUUUGUGAUGUUUUUCAGAACAAAAUUAAUAAAUCAAUGUUAAUUUUUA